GACUGCAUUGUGGUGAUGUUCAGGAAACCCUAUAAAUAACAUAACUGAAAGUCAAGCAAUCAAGAACAGUGCUGUUGAAUUUGCUUGAAUAAAAGCUUGAAAGAAUGAAACACUGUGAGGAUACUUCUUUUGGCCUGGUGAAAGGAUUAUGGGAAAUACUAAACUCUUUCUUGAAUGUUUCUCUCCAAGUUCAGUGUUUUGUGCUGAAGUCAGCAGAGUUUGUGUAACAAUGUAAAAAUGGUCAUUUGGGCAGAGGGCAGUCAGGCUUUGAAGCCUUUUAUAUUGGGCCUAAUGCAUAGGCUGUGCUUCCCUCACAGCUGUAACCUCUUGUUAGAGACACUUCUGUGGUAAUAACCAACUAGUUAUAGAUGUUAAACAACAAACAUAUGCACAUACACCCCCCCCCCCCCCCCCCCAAUUCGUUAUUUCUCCAGGUUGAAGAGACCUUGCUUCGCAGUUCCUGGUAGGAAAUCCACUUGAGGUUUUCUUAAUGUCUUCCAAGUCCGCUUCUUUGAGGUGCUGGGAUCAAAUCUGUUUGAAGUGUCAUAGAGCUCUGUAUGUACAUGGUAUCACCAGAUUUUUCCUAACUUCUAACAACUGUCUACUUUCUGACUGUUGCAAAGCAGUGACUUGACUUGAGGAUAAAAAAAGUUGUCAUAAUCUGAAGGAAGUUAGCAGGAAUAAUCUUCAUUUGCCUUUUAUCUGUUUUAACAUGUUGCUGUGUUCAGAAGGUUUGCGUGAUGCUUCUCCCUGUGAUACUCAGCAAUCUGCUUGGUGGAAAUAACAGCUUUUUGGAACUUUGCUUUCUUGCAAACCAGCUGUGCAGGAACACCAGUUUCUUUGUUUUAUGGUGUCCUAUACAAAUGCUGGAAACUGACUGAAAGGGUAAAGGGUGCCUCUCUUGCUCCAGAACUCCUGUAAGCAUUAAAACUGCUUUCAGCAACUGGCAGUUCUGUAUUUAUGUAUUGUGUGUUCUGAUCUGCUGAAGCAUCAGUAAAAUCAUAUAUAGGUUCCAUCACGUGAAGUAACAUUCCUAUGGAAGGAAUGAGUUCUCAUAGAUGCCCUGAUCCUGUUCAUUUUCUCUACUGAGUAGUAAGGUAAGAACUGAAAAUUUUGGUAAGCUUUUCAAAAGCAAGAAGGGUGAAAGGAAAUGCCAUACCGAAUCAGAUUGGUGCUCUGUGUAGCCCAGCAUUCUGCCUGCAGGAGUAGCAACAAGAGGUAUAAUUUGGGGACAGCAUACCAACGUAGCUGCUUGUCUCUGCCCUUUUCUCCUCACACUCCCUCACUAUGCGUUAAGCUUGGAUUUGGGAUGUUAAAAGAACAUCUACAGCAACUCUUUUCAGUGAAAGAUGUUUAAUCCUUACUGAAUUUACAAACACUGUCUGGCUUCACAGCAUGUGUAGCAAGGUGCUAAAUUUCAGUGCUUGCUGUCCAAAGAGGCAAUUUUCUAAGUUGAUUUAUCUUUACUGAGUGCUCCCUGUCCUCUGGCAUUUUAGACUUUGGUGAGUAAUGGUGACCUGAUCUCCUACCACUGAUUUCAUAAUCCUCAUCUCUCCUCUCUAAGUUGAAGAGUUUGGGACUUCUAAGACUCUUAUGGCAGCUGUUCAAACCCCUUAAUCAUUUUACUUAUCUAAGCUAAACCUGGACUGAUAGACGCAGCACUUUACAUGCUUUUGCUACCGUUGAAGAUAAUGCGGUGCUGUCCCAGUUCCUCACUGAUGCUCUCAGAGGUAAGGGGUUCAGGAAGCUCUGUGCCUGAAGGGCAGAGAAAAGUGCAUCCCUUUUUGACAACAUCAGAUAAGAACUUCAGCAGAAUACUGCAUUUCCCUAGUUGAAUGGCUGUUUGAUGUUACUGCCUCUCCACAGUUACUAACUCUGUUUAUGAUGUGGUGCUUAUGUGAAUUCUUGUAGUAUUAGAGCACAAAACUAAGAUUUCCAGUUCUUAUCUUCAGCUGUUGUUCAUGAGUGACAUAACCUGAAAAUAGAAGUGUCUACCUGCUCUCCAGACAUCAGCAUCCUGGGGAAUCUAACUGGCUUCCAUAAAACUUGGCUAAGGUCAGUGCAUUGCCCAGAGAUGGAUGUUCUGUCCCUAGAGACUUUCAAGGCAGGUUGGAUCAGGCCCUGGGCAGCCUGAUCUAGCAUUGGAUGUCCCUGUUCAUUGCAGGGGAGUUGGACUAGGUGACCUUUAAAGGUCUCUUCCAACUCGAAGGAUUCUAUGGUCACUGGCUCAGGGAGUUUUCUUGCUGGAAAGCUGAGUUGGCUGCAGGGGCUCAGCUGCAUGCUGAGUGGUGUGACCUUGGUGAGCACCCAGUUCUGUGGUUCUGACAGCCCGGGCAUUUCAAGGCCUGCAGGCACUGUUUUUAGCACCUUAUGUAAGAUUUUUUUUUUUUUCUCAGCAGACUCCUGCUAUCUUUUUAGUGUGUAACCCAUUUAAAUUUGUUCUAUUCAUCUAGAAUAGCAUUCUUUUCUUUCAUUGACUGUCUGGCCUUAUUCUCUUAUCUCUACUUCUUUGUUAAACUGUGCAUCUUAUUUAAAUAAGUGUUUAGCAGUACUGAGCAAGGUGGCCAGGUAAGAAGGAAGAAGAGGGGUGUGACUCCACUCAGUAUCAGUGGGAAAACAGGAAAAAAAGAAAAAGAAAACCAAAAAAGGAACCUGUUGAGGACACCUUUUUCUUCAGUUGGUAAAAUUAGCAGCUUUCAGUCGCUGUGUAGCAGUCCGAAUCGUCUGUGUGCUACAGAACAGUUACCAGUAACUACCUAACCUCCAAGACGGGCUUCAUGCUUCAGGUAACUGUGCUCUCGCAACUGCUCCAUGCUUUGGGUUUUUGUUUCUUGCAGUGCUACAGUGAUGUUUCUUUAACUUGACAAAGGCAGCACUCCCUCCUUGGCUGUGUGCACUGUAAGCACCAGAGGUACAGUGACAGAGACCUCCAAUGCUGUCUGCUGCGCUUUGGAGAAUUCCACGUUUCUUGUGCUCAGUAGAAAUGGUGGAAAUAGAUAAAAUUCUUACAAGUUAAUGCAAGCUCUGGGUGACAGUAUGAACACUGCUGGGAUUCUAACAUCGCUCAUAUUUAGGGAUUGGUAACAGAAGCCGUGCUGAUGUAUUGUUAGCAUGUUGCUGGUUUACUGUGGCUGUAUGCUCCUUUAGUGCAGUGGCUUUUCCAGUCCUUGUGAACUUGCUAAGACAAGAUGAUGGGCAAAAUGGAAGGAGGAUUAAGUGGGAGAAUAAUCCUGAACAUGUGACAGCUCCAGCAGCUGUGUGUAAAUACGUUGUGGACAGAUUUCUUGGUCUGCUUUGCUCUACUUCAACUGUUCACUCUGUUUCAGCUCCUCAGAUCUUUCUUUGCUUUAAAAAUCUCAAGUAUUGGUGUGGGCUGGAGGGGAGAGCCUCUGCCCGGCUGCUCUCAAUGCCUGUUUAUCUAAGUGGUGCACUUGAGCAGUUGGAGGUAAGUGUCUUAGGAUGCUCUGUGCCCGCCUCUUCCUCAGGCUGAGCACACAGAGCUGACCCACUCAACUUUUACUCUGCCUGCACUCAUUAAUACAUCUAGAAAAGAAGAAACAGAAACCAAGCAGAACUUCUGAGCCUAUCUUAAAGUAGAAGACAUCACAGCUUACAGUCUGCAAAUGUAACCUGUCUGUGCUCCGGUGUAGAGUGGAGCAACUGGGGGCAUUAAUGUCCAAGGGAUGUCAUCAGUUGCCCAUAGGAGCAUCACUGAAGUGCUGUCAGGCCCACACAGUCACAGUAUUUGUGACAUCCUGCUGUGUCCAGCUUGGAUGAAAAAACAGAAAUCCCCUGAAGUGAUCCUCUCUAGGAUCUCAGCUGCUAUUUCAGGAAGUAAAUUUUUCCACUAGGUACAGAUUCAGAGGAGUGAAAAGCACUGUUGGAGGAUCCUGAUAAUACUAUUUUUCUGUGAGAUUAAUUGUUGUCAUGUGCUAUUGUAAUGUUAAUGCCAUAAUUCCUACCUCCUUAGAAAGCAGAUGUCCCUGAGUCUGGCUGGCUCUGUUCCAGGAUUUUGCCUUGUCCUUUUAACUGUGGCAUUGCCAGAACGAAUGCUGCUUGUCCUCUCUGCAGGUAUCUGAAAUUGCAGGCUGGAGGCACUGUUUUCCUUUCCUGUUCUGAUGUUGCUUUGUAUCCGGGGAUCUGAGAUGACAUGUGUUCUAUUUGAUGCUGAGAAAUCAUUUCAGUCUUUGAAGAUCAUGAAGUUUAAAAUGGACUUAGCAGAUGUUGUUAAAGGCAUUGAGUCUAGCUGCAUCUGUCUGUUGAAGCAGCAGCUGGCCUUUGCUGCUUGACUUGGAAACUUCAGGAGGCUGAGCACAAAAAUGAUCAGCUUCUCCUUAUUUCUUGGUAGAGCAGAUGUGCUUCAGCAGGGGCCCACAUUGCAGGGGCCCUGUUCCAUCUGUAAUCUUUUACUUAUUGCCUUAUUCUGCUAGUUUGUAUGGAGCAAGAAGGGAACAAAUGAGUCAGUUCCAGAGUUCAGCCUUUGAGAAAUUAAGAGCACUGCAAAAGAAAGGAUAUUCAGUCUUCCUUAAAGAAAAACCAACACAUUUUAACAAUGUAUAUUUGAUUGUAGGUGUGAGUGUUGUGACUUUUUUUUGUUAUGCAGACCUUUUAAGGCUUUUGUUCUCUACCCUUUUGCCCCAGAAAGAACAAAUUAUCCGCCAUUGGUCUUAAUGGUGAGGUUCACUCACUGCAGAAGUGAGGGUCUUUCUGCAAUCACUGCAGUCAGAUGCUGCUGUGACUGAAAUCCUGGCCAAUGCGGGUAAUGGUUGUGUUCCAUCCCUCUCUUUCCUUUGGUCAUGGUUUAAGGCUGGUGUGUAUGGAAAGCUUACUAGCACUCAUCACAGUUCUGCUAGUGGGUGAAUAUCCCUGAGCAAGCGGAACGUCUCCACAAAUCAAACUGUGAUGUAAUUACUUAACCAUGUCAAUUUUUUUAAUCUUCUGUGCUUUCAGCUAGUUCUUGUUCAAAGAGACAAAACUCUCAGCCAGAUUUGUUCUUUCUGCCUUCUGAACUUUCCAGUCUUUCCUGUCUCUUAGAUCAGGGCUACCAAAGUUGGAGUAACUGCAGUCAUGAAUUCACUGCCAGCUUUUCUGAAGUUAGAACUUGCCAUACUAAAUUACUGCUCUUGCUUCUAAAGCUGAACGUUGUGGUUCACUGUUGUUGGCAGUUUGUAGAAUUCAAAUACUAAAAGCUAUAUGGCACAUAUGGAGGCAAAGAGUAAAUGGGUCCAUCACGACACUGCUUUUUGAGUUCUUCAUGGGAUGUGGAAGUAGUGCAUUGCACUGAAUCUGUUCUGCUGUUUUAUCUUUCACACAUGAAGGAUCCAGGUGCCAGGGUCUGACUGAAUGGACCCAGGGAGAUUAACCCUUGCAGUUGGUAGAAAAAGAGAAUUAACAAUGCGAUUGUUGGGAAAGGGUUGGUUCUUUGCUGGGGAUGCAGUGUGAAGGAAGCAUGCUGUCAUUGCCGCCUUUUCUUCAGUGCUUUUCAUCCUGGUGGAUGUGGGUAUUGCUUGAUUUGUUUCCAAAAAUGGAACUGCUGAGAAAUACUAAAUCUAUACCAGUCCGCCCUUGAGGUGGUAGCACGUGAAUAACUGAUCAUCAUAUCUCAGUCCUUUCUUAAAUGGAUUUAUUUGGUGGGAUGUACUUCGACUUAUUCGGGCAGAUAAGGUGAAUUAGACCAGAAUUUAUCAUGGCUAAUAAUAAAAAAUGAAGACAGGAACAAAUCCUGGAAGAACAUAACAGGGUUAUAUUUUGAUCUCAAAUGACCUCGGCUCAGCAGUUCUGCUCAUAGCUUUGUAAAUUGAAGCCUGUUCUGGAUUUUGUCUGCUUCCCUUUGGCAGUGGCUGCUGUGCAAGUCGGUUACAGCUGUUCCUGACAUCAGUUUGCCUUUACCUGGGUGAAUGGUGUAUAUUUGACCUAACGGUACUGCUUUGCUUCUGAAAUUCUGUUGAAUAUUAGCGAUUCUACAGGAAAAUCUGCUGUAGACAAUUUGACUCCUGUGAAGAAGACUUGCAUGGGAUUGCUGUCCUAAAGAUCAGAUUUUAUGUUCACUUUUAUUCAUAUUUCAUGGGAAUGAAUAAUUCAAAAAUGGUUAUUGAUUUUUCCUUCCAUUUGUUUCUCAUCUCAGAUUUCAUCUGAGCUGCAUCCUUUGUGCUGCAGUGCUGAUCUCAUCCUGCAGGAGGGCAUAAACUGGGAGAGAAUGGUGUCUGAAAUGGAUGUCCCAUUUGAUCUCCCAUUUCAGUUUAAAGAGAUUUCAAGUAUUUUUCUCCUUUCUUGACUACAGUUGGCCUUACAGGCAGCAAAGAACUGUUAAUGGUAAUACCCCUACUGUGCCCGCAAUCUACUUGCACUGCUCUGGAGGGCCUACACGUUCUUUCUUUCAAUUUGAGCUGUGCCUGGAAGAGCAGUUUGUAAUCUCAGGACUUGCUUAUUUCUUGAAGUAUCUCUUCAUGUUUGUUUUUCUUGUAUUUCUUUGCUUGUCUUCACAAUUAGAUUUGUUGCGAGAGAAUCUUCCAUAUAACGCCACUCAAACUUGUGUGAAAACAAGUCCUGGGGUCUGCAGUUUCCAGGAACAUGACAGCUAGUCUAUGUUGCAUAAAGAAAAUGCCUGUUUCAACAACUCAGUUUUCCCACUCUAAAUAUGCUAAUAAUCAUCAUUAAUCAAUAUAUGGUUUAAUAAGAACUGUACCUUUAAGAGAGUCCUCUAUAGCCUUGUCUUGAGUCAUGUAACAACAGUGGGAGUGCAUUUGGAAUACAGCAAACUUUCCCAAGCGUGUUUUGUUCUGGAAGUUCUACUUGUGCCAUUGCAAUUUUAAAACUCAUUGCACUUUCUUUGGAGUCUUCCUUUGAGGUUGGCUGUCAGGCGCAGCUUCCUAUUUCAGUUUGCAUUAUCUUCACAGUUGCCUCUGGUUGUUGCUGGUUUGCCUCCUAGGAUCCUGUUGUGAGUUCGUCAGAGCUGUCCUACAGGUGUCCUCUCUGUAAAGCAGCAUGAUGUCUGUAACGUGGAUAACUAUCACUGUCUGGUAAAUCAGUGCCUCUUGACUGACAGUCCCCUUAAAGUUUUAAAACAGCAGCCUUUUGGUCUGUGUUCAAGCCUUAGAAACAGAGUUGGAAAAUGUGAGUCCCCAGGAACCUGAUCCUUCUUGGAGUAGCUGGUGCCUAUUACAAGAGAUUAGUGGCUGGUUCAGAGAAAGAAUGGGAUCUGAGACAAACCUAUCUGGAAGAAGAGGGGAGGGAUCUUGGGCCAUAUUUUGGCUCUUGUAGUUUCUCUCAGGUUGCCUUGAUUGUGGGUCUUUGUUACUUCCCAGUGCUGGACUGGUAAAUACCUUCUCUGCUCUUCUGUACAUCUGUUGAGAGAUAGGAAAAGCUUUGCUGUGCCUCUGUCUGCAGAAGUCUUGUGGGUGUUCAGUGGGGAGCAAUGCUGGCAAAGGCUGCUGAGUACAGCCAACGCAGGUGCUGCACACAUAGAAGCCGUGAGCUUUUCUUCAGGUAGGCUUAUGCUACUUACUGGAAUUGUUUGGAACAGUUUUUCCUUGAAGUGACUGGGACUUCAUCAUAGCACCUCCUUCUUCUCUGCUGCAUUAAGCUGCCCUUUGGGUGCUGCAGAGUCAUCCUCUGCUCAAGCAGGGAAUGUGCUGGUUCCUGCUGUGCCCCAGUAUUUGCUUCAGUCCCUUUCUCCUGUGUUCCUUCUGGUCUUUCAGUACUACUCAUGAUUGCUCCAGUUCUGCAGCCUUGAUUUUUAUAAACCUCUUUAUCCCAUCUAGUCAGGUCAUCUGUUAUUUUCCCUAAAGCUUUUGAGUUGCUGAGUUAAAUUAAGAUCACCAUUUUUAAAACCCUAUUUUCUGGGACAAGUGAGACCAGAGCAUUGCCAAAGAAAACUCACAGGGCUGAUGAGUUUGUUUAAAGUAAAAAUUGGAAAAGAGAUUGAUAAUGACAGUCCUUCUGGAUCUGUAUUAAGGAUGCAAUUGGCAAAAAGGUAAAACCUCAUUUGGUGAUGCAAAUGAUAAACAGCUGAAGGUAAUGGGUGAUGUGGGUUAUCUGUCUGUGUAAACUUCCCAAGUACCACAGCAAGUCAAGGUCUAUAGCAGGCUCUUCUCAAUAGCACAGAUAAUGACUCCCUAGGCCCUAGCUAUUGGAAAGAUGGAAAGAUUACUGUCAAAUUAAGGAAAAGUAGCCUAAUCCUGCAAAGCAGUUGAAAGAAUAGAAUACUCCAGGGGUCAAAAGCUUCUUGAGGAUUAAAAAGGUGUCACUGCCUUUCAGACAGACAGUUACACAGUACAGGCAAAAAGGCAAAAUAAAUCUUCAGAAUGUAAGUGAUCAUAGAAUGAAAAGGUAGCAAUACCUGUCAAUAAGGAGGCGAGCUGGAAAGAGCCAUGAAAUAAUUGCACAGAGUGAUUCAGUACUACCAGGCAAGUAGAUAAAAACUUCCUUGUAAAGCCCCACCAGAGUGAAAAUCAUUGAACCUGGGCAGAAAUAAGGAUAAUGAAGGGGAUUUGAGAAAUGAUUUGUCAGUCUUCAAAAAAUUGUUGUUUUUUGGAAGCAAAGAAUCAGUGCAAGUGUUAUUAAGGGGGAAGUGAAAGAGCAAAUCCUCCAGCAGGGUGGGUGCAAAUAAAUCCUUGCGCAGUUCUGCAGUCUUCUCCGUAUGGAGCACUGUGGUGCUGCCUCUCCUCUCGGAGGCACUUUGACAGCCUUCUGUAAGGAGACCUCAGAAGCUGAGAUGUGGGCUAACAGAGGUUAGAAUUCAGUGCACUGAGAGCUCCAUGCUUUUCAUUUAGAGGCUUGCUGGCAUCGUCAGUUAGUGCCUCCGCUUUGGUGUUGGAGUUGUCAGGCAGAAGGCUGGGAUGUGCUGGCAGUGAUGGAGCAGUUUGGCAGCACAGGACUGUUUUUGUUAACGUGAGGCUGAAAUUUGUUCCUUGAGAGCAUUUUAAUCUUUGGCCUUUUUAAAUAGGAUUGAGGGUGUGUUACCUGUUUAAAGCACACACACAGAUCUCAGAUAUUAGACUCCAUUGUGAUAAGCUUUCCUGAGGUUCACGGAUAUUUGCUGAUGAUUUGCAUCAGCCAGAAGCUACAAGAGAAGGUUCUCAUUUGUUUUAAAACUGAACAAAAUUCAGUGGUAUUUCUAUUCCUGAGUGUUCCAUUGUCCCUGAGAGCCCCUGGGAGACCACUGGGAUGGUCUCCUGUUGUAGGGUGGGUCAGAUCUCUCCGGCUUUCUUAAUCCUAAAAUUUAAGAGUAAGGUGGGAUCCUUGUGUAAGGCAAGCAGGAUGCUGGUAGUGGUUUCAGUGCUUGCUAUGAAAAGCAAGUCACUGCUGGCAGUUCCUGUGCCAAGCAAUAACUGUGUGCCAUGGAGCCCUCCGGUGCUGGACUGAUAGCCUGAGCCCAGCAGGGCAGGGACAAGGAAGUUUCCCUGCAUGGUGCCUUGCAGGUCCUAUGAGCCAGAGGCUCUGGUAGUGGCGAAGAGGCCAAAGAACCCUCCAUCACCGGAGUGAUACUCUAGAGACAGUGAUCCUGGUAAACCCCAAUGUGGACAGCAUUGUGUCUGAGGUCCGUGCGCUGCUGUGCGAUUCAUCGGCCCACAAACUACUGAUCUUCUGUGGUCAGAGCUCUGACCAGGAAGGAGACUUGGUCCUGCAGACAGGGACCUUCACUUACCAGAAGUUUGCUGAGAUACUUUCAGACCCAGAGGUCACCCAGAUUCUUAGCAACACUGCUUCAGAUAUCAAGGCUUCCCUUACUGUGUCGUGCUUGGGAGAAGGAGACUGGAGCAACCUUGGGCAUCCACGAUUUCAGGAUAUAAUUAAUCUGAAACUGAACCCCGAUCCAGUUCUGCCAGAAAUGGAUGGGGUGUCUGAGUUUGCAGAAUACGUCUCUGAAACAGUUGAUGUGCCAUCUCCAUUUGAUCUCCUGGAGCCACCCACCUCAGGGGGCUUUUUGAAGCUCUCUAAACCCUGCUGCUACAUAUUCCCUGGUGGAAGAGGCGAUUCUGCUCUCUUUGCUGUCAAUGGGUUUAACAUCCUUGUGGAUGGUGGCUCUGACAGGAAAUCGUGUUUCUGGAAGCUGGUAAGACACCUGGACAGGAUUGACUCUAUUCUUCUGACCCACAUUGGUGCAGACAACCUACCUGGCAUCAAUGGGCUGCUGCAGAGGAAAGUUGCGGAGCAAGAGGAGGAACAGUCCCAGGGCUCUACCAACUACAGCGACUGGAUGAAGAACCUCAUUUCUCCUGAGCUGGGGGUGGUUUUUUUUAAUGUUCCCGAGAAGCUGAAGAUGCCAGAAUCAUCCAUGAAAGUAAAGAGGAGCAUCGAAGAAGCUUGUCUGACGCUGCAGUAUCUCAACAGACUUGGCAUUAAAUCAGAGCCUCUCUACAGGGUGGUGAGCAAUACCAUUGAACCUAUCACGCUUUUCCACAAGAUGGGAGUGGGUAGGCUGGACAUGUAUGUACUGAAUCCUGUCAAGGACAGUAAGGAAAUGCAGUUUCUAAUGCAGAAAUGGGCUGGUAAUAGUAAAGCAAAGACUGGCAUAAUUCUCGCAAGUGGGAAAGAAGGUGAAAUUUCUGUUCCCUAUCUCACAUCCAUCACAGCCCUAGUGGUGUGGCUGCCAGCUAGCCCGACAGAGAAAAUUGUAAGGGUUUUGUUUCCUGGAAAUGCUCCUCAAAAUAAGAUACUGGAAGGUCUUGAGAAACUCAAGCACCUGGACUUUCUGAGGUACCCAGUGGCUACUCAGAAAGAUAUCACUGCUGGAAUACCUCCACCUGUGCUCAAGCAGACCAAAAUUAAACAGAGAACAGACAGUAAAGAGAGUCUUAAAUCUUCCCCCAAGCCUUCUGUGACAAAGCAAGCUAAGAAAGAGGAGGCAGUAGAGGAGGGGAUUAAAGAAGUAAAACCAGAAGUCAUAAAGGACACUAAAAGCGAGAAAAAAGUUAAAGAACACUCUGAGAAGAUUCCUGAGAAACCUGUCAAACAUGAAAAGAUAAAGACAGAAUCAAACGAUGCUCUCAAAGCUGAGAAAAGAAAAAUGGCAAAAGACAAAGUUGGCAAAAAGCAUCUCAAAGAGAAAGUAUCCAAACUGGAGGAGAAGAAAGACAAAGAAAAGAAAGAGAUUAAGAAGGAGAAAAAGGAGUUAAAAAAAGAUGAUGGAAAGAAAGAGGAAAAGAAAGAUUCAAAGAAAGAAGAUAAAAAGAAAGAAACCAAACCAGAGACCAAAAAAUUGUCUAAACCAGACUUAAAACCGUUUACUCCUGAAGUAAGGAAAACAUUAUACAAGGCAAAAGUUCCAGGCAGAAUCAAAACUGAGAAAAUCAAAGUCAAGCCUGAAAAGGAAAUACUCAGUGAUCUGAAGACAUCACCAAUGGACAAGGUGCCAGCAGAGGUGGAGCCAGGAGAGGCUGCCAUUGCUGAACAGAGGUUAGUCCUGUCUUCACCAGAAGAUCUUACAAAGGACUUUGAGGAACUGAAGCAUGAGGAGAAAGGGAAUUUGCAGGUGACUCAAGAAAUGUCUGAUAUUGAAAUAAGUGAUAAAUUUAUGAGAGCCCCUGAAAUGGAGAUGAAUGAGCCUGCAGAUGUGAUGGAUCAGAAUCAACUUGCAGAGGAUCUGAUUUUGAAAACAAACAUUCCUGAUCAGGGAACAACUACUACUGAUAGGGAAAAAGAAUCACCAGCAGAGGAAAAGGCAGUCCAUCAUCUAGAACCAAGAGCAGGUCAAGCUGAGAAAACAGAGGAUGAAGAAAGAACAAUAGAUGAGAAUCUUGAGAUGAGAUACAGCGAGAGAGAAGCUGAGCAGUACAAGGAAGCUCAGCUGUUGCUAGACAGAGAACAGGUACUACAACACACAGCUCUCACAGCAAGGGGUGCUCUGUCACCUGCAUUCAGAGAGGAAGACAGGGAGGAGGAAGAGAAAAUCUCUUUGGACAGAAAACAGAGGGAAGCAGAAAUAAAGACCUGUGAAAAGUAUACUGAGGGGACAGAAGCACAGGAGAAGGCUGAGAAGGAAAAGAGAGAGGAUGUGUUAGAAAAGGCAGAACAGGAAGAAAAGGAAGAAAAGUACGUGAAGGCAGAGCAGAAAGUGGAAAAGAUUAAAGAUUUCUAUGAGCUAAAACAGGAUGAGAGGGAGGAUAAAUCGUUUACCAUUGAAGAAAAGGAAAAAGAAUGUAGUGACAUGGGUGAGAAAAGCAAGUUACUUGGAAAGGAGGUAACAAAGGAGGAGUCAUUUCUGAGCAGUCUGCCCGUCCCUGCAGGAGCAGCAGUAGAACAUGUUUCAUAUAUCCAAGAUGAAACUAUCCCAGGCUACUCAGAAACAGAGCAGACCAUUUCUGAUGAAGAAAUACAUGAUGAACAGGAAGAGAGGAUCCCACACUUGAAGUAUGAUGUCAAUGCAUAUGACAUUUCUGUUCCUGACCACCCAGGCUCUUUUGAAGCAGUACACGGAAUACAGGCCGUGCCUGCUGCAGACCUUGCAGCUAAGGGCUAUGCUGGCCAGGAGUCUGAAAUCCUGGCAUAUCCUACAAACAUAGUGGCAGCACCUCUAGCUGAGGAGGAACAUAUAUCUUCUGCUACUUCCAUUACAGAAUGUGAUAAGCUUUCAUCUUUUGCAACUUCAGUAGCAGAAGAUCAAUCAGUUGCAUCUAUAACAGCACCACAGACAGAAGAAACUGGGAAAAGCUCUUUACUUCUAGACACAGUGAACAGCAUGCCUUCCUCUCGAACUGAAGCAACCCAAGGUCUCGACUAUGUGCCCUCUGCUGGCACAAUCUCUCCCACAUCGUCUUUGGAGGAAGACAAAUGUUUUAAAUCUCCGCUUCCCGAGGAUUUCCAUGCUCUAGCAGAAGGAGAGAGAAAACCGGAGGCUCAAAAAAAGGAUCUUCCUGAAGAGGCAGAAGAUGAAGAGGAAGAAGAAGAUGGGACUCCAAAUAUUGAAAUGCCUGAGAAACUCAGAGGGCAUUACAACGCUCCAUUGUUUACUCAUCAAGAGUGUCCCGAUAAUGUGUUAAUGAACGUCCCCACAGAAGCUAUGCAAACUUCAGGCCUGCCGCUGUCUGCUGAAGAAACACCAUUCUCCCAGGUUGACUCUGCAGAGGCUGAAGAGCGAUGCAUGAGCCCUGAUGACAGCACAGUCAAGAUGGCAUCUCCUACCCAGUCUGGCCCCACCAGCGCAGGACACACACCUUUCCACCAGUCUCCAGUGGAGGAAAAACUAGAAACAGUAGAUUCAGAGCUAUUUGAAAAACAAGCGGAAGCUACUGCUAAGAAAUCAGAAGGCCAAGCUUCUGCUGUGGCGAAGGGAGCCAAGGAUGAACCUUCCAGAGACGAUCAGGUGUCCACAGAUAUGUACAAACAUGGAAGAGACGCACCUGGACCUGCGCAGCACAAGCUGGAUUCGGACAGUGAUGUGCCACUGUCUCCUGGGGAGGAGGUGCAGGAAGCACCCAUGGGGAAGGAGGAUCUGCCCUGGCUGUCCUACCACAAGCAGGACACAGUGGUGAUAGGGGAGGAGGAGGAGCUGCCUGUACUGCCCCAUCCCAAGACGGAUGUGUUUCUGGAGCCAGGGAAAGAGCUGGAAACCAAACCCGUGGCAGAAAGUUUAAUGGGCUUUUCAAAACAUUUGACCACCGAGCCUUUCUCUGCCACAGGAGCAUCUGUAGGAAGUAUGGAUUCUCCACAGCUCACACACCAAAGUAAAUCUGAAAGUGACCAAACCUCGCCAUUUUCUCCAGAGGAUUCCAAGUCGCUUUCAUUUGCAGAAGAGAAUCUUGGUAAAGAAAAAUCCCCAGAGGUUUCUGUGAAGGGGAUGGCUGCUGGAGAAGGAAAACUGCUCUGCUUUGCAGAUGAUGCCUCGGAAGAAGAAAAGUCCUCUCAGGUUUCAGUUAAAGACAUUUCUCCAGAAGAGACCAAAUCUGUUUCUCUCACUGAGAGUCCCAGCAAGGAAAUCUCUUCAGGCCUUUUUGUUAAGGGAAUUUCCCCACAAGACAUCACAUCUCUCAGUUCUGCAGAAGACAGACCUGUGAAAGAAAAGAUGGUGUCUGACUUGACUAACAGAUUCCCCUCAGAAGCAGUGAAACCCAUGGAUUUGAUGGAGCAGAGCCCAGGUGUGUAUGAAAAAUCACCAGGAGUUACUACCAAAGGACUCAUAAAAGAAGCAUCAAAACCUUUCUCUUGUCCAGAAAGUACCCCAGUGAGAGACACGUCCCCCAGAGACACGUCCAGUGAAGAAAUGUCUCCAGAUGAUAGCAGUUUGUUUUCUUUGACUGCAGAAGGCCCAUCCAGGGGAAGGACUUCAGGCUUGUUCUCUCAGGAAGUAUCUCCAGAUGCCAAGUGCUCACGCUCCAUAGAACCUUGCCCAGUUGAGGAUAAAACAUCAUCACACGUUUCUGCUGAAGAUGUUAAAUCUUGCAGGAUGAAGGAAGACAGAGAAGAAAAAUCUCCAGAAAUGGAAGACUUUUACAUGAAAGAUGUAAGUAAUGAGAAGAAAGUAUGGUUUCCAGAAGAAGUGGAGGAGAUUCCUGCUCAGGGAAGGCGGCAGAGGUACGAUAAGGAGAGAGAAAGCACAUUCUUGGAUGAGCUACCGGAGUAUGAAACACAAUCCCUGCCUAAAAUGGGGGAAGAGGAGAUCCUGUCUCCUGUAGAGCCUGACAGUCCCACCUGGAGAAGAGCAGAAAGGGAAGCCUGGGGCUCUAAAUAUGAGUAUCUUCCAGAAGGAAAAGACACUGGAAGAGCAGGGCAGUUACCCAGUGAGGAGGAUGAGGUUCUCCACCAUGCUAAAGACAAACCUGUGCUAAUGCAAGCAGAAGCAGAACGUUUAAAUGUGGGAUCGUGUGAUUACAAAGACGAGACACUGAAGAGUGCCAAACCUACAGAGGAAGCAAAGAAUGCAAAAAUAGCUCCUGCUGACAUCGCUUUCCCAGACAGUUCUCAUCUGCCUUCUCAGUAUGUCCCUGGUGAGGAAGAUCAGGCCAGAGUGUUAACUGGAGGCAGAGAAAGGCAAGAUCUGUUUUUGACACCUAAACAAGAUUACUCCUAUUUAGAUGAUGAGGAGAAAGCUGUCCUAGAUAUCUACGCAAAGUCACUAGACCAAGCACUGACAGCAUCUCCCCUGGCAACAGCAACAAGCCCUCCAGAAAAGAAGACCGGCACAACACCAGAAACAGAGAGGCCUUACAAAGUAGGUCAGUGUGAGGUACCUCUACAGGAGGACAUCCCAUCGAAGGCUGCAGAAAAGAAAACAGGUGUCAAUGGUUUAUAUCAGGAAAUAGAUAGAAAGCAAGAGGAUGGGUACAAAUCCACCGAGGCUCUCUAUGACCCUAUGGGAAGCAAAGAGCAGAUGGCAGCAGCAUCUGCUCUGUUGCAGUCGAUGAGACCGGCAGCAUAUGAAUACGUAGCAGCAUCCACAGAAGAAAGUGCUGCAGUGUCAGGGCAAUGUGCACACUCCUCUCUAGGACAAGUCCCUCCUCAAAAAAGCAGUGCUGCCAUAGGCCAUUUUGAGGCUGUGGGUUCUGCAGGCCCAGUGGCAUAUCUUCCAGAGUCCCAUUCCAGGAGCCCCCUGGACUCUCCUUCCCAAGAGGAAGAGGUCUGUAGAUCCAGAAUUGAUGACAGUUCUAUGAGACAAGAGCAAGAAGAAAGAGAACCAACUCCAUACCCUGAUGAAAAAAGUUUCAAGUAUGCCGACAUCUAUGAGAAGAUAAUUGUAUCUGGAGUUGGACUCUCCCCUUUCACAUCUGAGGGUGCAGACAUUCCAGGUCACAUUGACAAGGUGCCGACAACAGCACUGAGCUCUCAAAAGGAUCAAAGUUUUCAUGUCUCUGCAAAGGAAGAAGAAUCCUGCCUUUAUACUUCUGCUGAGAAGGAGUUGUCAUCUCCAGCAUCCCCUAAAGAUAAAGUGGAUGCAGCCUUUGAGUAUGCAGACAUCCACGAAAGGUACCUGCCCUUGUCUGAGACAGAUAAGCCUAGGCUGUCUGAGGAACAGGAAGAACUGAAGGUGUCCUAUGCUUUGCCAGGAGAACGGGGCUCUGAACAUCACUCACCAUCCGCAGCCACAGCAUAUGCCUCUCCCACAGACACAUUUUAUCAAGAAAAACCAGCAUCCCAUACUGAUGCUGCUUGUCCAGAUAAGAACACCAUUUUGUCUGGCCAGGAGCAGAUAUCUCUACCCCUAGAAUCCAAAAGCCAAAAUCUCAAAGAUACAUACUAUGAGAAAGCAGGUCAAGGGGAAGAAAGCAUGAGCGACUCAGAGUUAGAAAAAGGUGCUAAUGAGAAAUCUGAAAAAGAGUUCAAACUGCACAGCCCUGACCAAGCUGCUGGCACAGUCUAUGCACACAUCUCAGCAGGGGAGAAGUUCUGUGUAUCAGAACUGCUUCUGCAGAGCAAACGUGAGGACUCCAUUUCACCCACUUCUACUGCCUCAUCACCUUCUGAGCCAUUGUGGAAAGAGGAUUAUGGAAUUAGGAAAAGUACGCCAGCCACAGUGGUGGCAACACAUGUUGCUGGCUACAGUGGCCUGACAGACGUGGGCAGAGAUGAGCAGGCUUCAGAAAUGUGCCAUUUAAGCCAAGAUUCUUUGCAAAAGAAAGAGGAUGCUGGAAAAUCCACACAGGAAUCGCAUUUCUGUGUAACAGAUUAUCCAAGCACAGAGGUGGUCUCAGAGUGCUAUGAGCAAGCCACAUAUUUGAAAUCUGCUUCUGAAAAGCAGAAAGAAGAAUACGAAAAGGUCCCAACAGGAGGGGGCAGAGUGAUGGAUAUCUCUUCUGGAUUUGAAUGCUCCCUGCUAGGGAAGGGUGAAACAUCUGGUGUGUUCAGACACGAGCAAACCUCAACAAGCCAUUCAGGGGAUAUCUUUCUUCCUUUAAAGGGUCCUUGUGCUUUGUCCUCAGGCCAGGAGAAGAAAGAUGAGUACUUGGAGGUUUCUGAGAAGAUCAGCAGCCAGAGCUCAUCUUUAACUAAAUUCUCACUGCUGAGUCCAUAUGAAGAGGAUAAACUGUUCUCCAAAGCUGUGGAGAAAGAGUCUGUGCCCCAAGAGCAGCUGAAAGAUGACUCUUCCAGCCUGUCAGAGGAACCAUCAUCUGAAGCAACCACUCCUGUAAUACCAACUACAGCAGAAAGUUUUUACUCCCAUAUGCUUUCUGCAUACACAGGUGCAGGAGCGGAACCAACUACCAGGAGCCUUUGGGAUGCACCUCUACAGAUUCCAGAUAAUGCUGUGAAUACCCAGAGAGCUGAAACCAAAGACUUUGUGUUAGCUGAAGAACAUGGUUCUGCACUCAGUAGUAGCAUGAGUGGCAGUACUUUGCCAUGCAGGAAAGAGUACCAAAGUUCACAGCCCAUGUUGUUCUCUGCAGAGAAACAACAGCAACCCUGUGUAACUAGUCCUGAGCAGAAGGCACCGUUUACAGAGCAUCUGACGACACUGACAUCCCUCCCUGAUGUAUUGGCAUCAUUUCCUCAUCAUCAGCAUGAGGAUAAAACCACAGCCAAUGGUCCAACUGAGGUGAGCACCAGUCUGCAAGCUUUCCAAAGCACAUACCAUACAGCAGAGGCAAAAGAUGAAAAAGCAUGUCCUGAUUCUGACAGCAGUUUUUCUCCAUGCACAGGCAAAGAGGACACAGAGAGACAGAGCCGUCCUUCCUCUCUGAUGUCCCCUGAACACAGUUUCCAGCCCUUUUUCCCAGAUGUGCAGAGGGGUGGAAGAACAGAGGACCAUGGAGAUGCUUCCCAUGAGAUGGAGACACGUUUAGGAGGCAGUUUUGACUGUGGACAGAAAACUUCCUCACGUGAAUACAAGCAGAGGAAGGGAGAGCUGUCACCCUCAUUCAUUAACCCGAGCCCUCAUGAGCUCUCUGAAGAUAGUGACCUCUCGCAGGAGGAAGGUCACACUUCAGUGCAAGGAAGACCACCCCACACUAGUAGUAGCCCUGCACAAACAGCCACAGUGGAGGAAACCCCUCCAACAUCAGUGAGUGAUUCUGGAACUUCCCAGUCAGACUCGGAUGUCCCACCUGAGACAGAAGAAUGUCCAUCCAUCACAGCAGAUGCCAACAUGGACUCAGAUGAAGAUGCUGAUUUCCUCCCAGUGGACAAAGCUGUUGGGAGUGCUCAUCAUGCCAGUUCUAGGUCCAGCCACGAUCCUCAGCCUGUUCCAAUGGUUGAUCCCCAUCCUCAUCCACCUCACCCUGAUGUCUGCAUGGUAGACCCUGAUAUGUUAGUAAAUGAGCAAAGCAUGGGUAGAACUGAUAAAAUUUCAAAGAAAGACUUGAAAGAAAAGAGCAAGAGUGUGAGGAAGCCUUUGAGCAAACCCAAAUCUUCCUCUCCUGCUCGUAAAUUAGAUGUGAAAGGGAAGCGAUCACCCACUCCUGUGAAGCAGCCGUCGGACAAAUCUCCAAAAUCUGCCACUGCCAAAAAAGAAAGAGAUGGAGGAGAGAAGCCCAAACCACGUGGUGUGCUGGUGCAGCCUCCUCACACAGAGGAUGAGGUAGCCCGGAGCAGUCACAGCAACGCUGGCAAGAGCCUUGUUAAUGGCAUCAAAUCAAACCCUGCUUCCAAUAGUCCCAAAAGCAGUUUGCCUGUGCCCACGGGGCCGCCUGUCUAUGUGGACUUGGCAUACAUCCCCAACCACUGCAGCGGAAAGAACACAGACCCAGAGUUCUUCAAACGGGUUCGAGCGUCAUACUAUGUUGUGAGUGGGAAUGAUGUGGCCAAUGGAGAACCAAGCCGUGCAGUGUUGGAUGCACUCCUGGAAGGGAAGUCUCAGUGGGGGGAGAACCUGCAGGUGACAUUGAUCCCAACACAUGAUACCGAGGUGACACGAGAAUGGUACCAGCAGACACAUGAGAAACAGCAAGAGCUAAACAUCAUGGUACUAGCAAGCAGCAGCACUGUUGUGAUGCAGGAUGAAUCCUUCCCAGCCUGUAAGAUUGAAUUCUAAAUCUCCCAGCCCCACUUUACGUUCAUUCAUUGACUCUCCAAUCACCGAUGCAACAUCAGAGAUGCCAUCUAAUCACAGUCCAGGUCUUCUCUGGUUUAAUCCUUUACAUGGUUCCCAUUUGUCAGGCAAUCGGGUACCCAUCUAGCUCAGCACUGGAUACCGUGAGAAAGAAGUGCAGGGCUCUGUAAUAUUCUGGACUGAGCUAAGGUUUUGUGCAAGAGCAGUUGCAGGCCAGGGGCGCUUCCACUUUCCCUGCUUUAUUCUGCCGCCUGUACAGUUUCUGUAGACUAUCUUGGCUGCCUUGCUGCUCUGAGAGCUUGUUCCACUCUCUUCCUGGCUGCCUUGCCAUUUAACUUGUAGCACCAUGACCCUCGUCUUUCUGGUGAGGGCUAAAAUGCUGCUGCUGCAUGUUGACGGUGUUUGGGGGGCAGGGGGAUAGAGAAGAAAACUAAUUUGCAAAGCAAACGGACUGAGAUGAUGAAGGAAGGUCAAACUUUCCAAUCAUAGUGUGACAGUGAAGGGCAUUCUUCUAUCUCCCAUCCUGAGCAUACAGGUGGUGUUCUGGGUGAGGGGAUCUGUACUCCAACUGGGCAGGGCCACUGCUGGCUACUUCUGCAGGCUUCUGUCCCAAAAUACUUACUUGCAGACUCCUGCAGCACUGGCUCUCUGUGCUCAGGGAGCUGUACUGAAUGGCACGUUGGUUUGAGAGGAGAAAGCUCAGCCUGUUGCUCUUUGCUGUGAAGAGCACCUUCCUAAGCUGCUAACUUGAGUUUUGCACACCAAGUGGCUAACCUACUGCACAGUGGCAGUGUGACAGCAAGAGGCACAGAGGGGUCACUGCCUGAACAGUCACACUCGAGAGAAUCCAAACGCACAACUACAGCCGGUUCUAAUGCAGAAGGGCUGCAUCAACCUGGCCUCUGUUGGCCUGUGAUCUUUGAGAAACCUCCCUGUCAUUGUAAACCAAAGGUUUUACUAGGAGCGUGGUGAGGCAGCUGAGGAACUCACAUGCCAUACUGAGAUGCUAGUGUCUGGCCAGUAGAGCUGAUGUGGGCCAGUUCUGCAAGCAGCAGCAGUUUCUUCGCUAUAUGUAUGCCAACAGCCCAGCUUCUUAGCUGUGUUCAAGCUAUUGUUGCCUAAACUGCCCCUCCAAAAAAGUGCACCCAGGAUUUGGGGACUAGAACCUGUGGGAUGAGGAGGAAGAACUCUUCCCAAAAAUACUUGCAGGAAGUAGAUCAGUAACUGUGUUAGCUCAUAGCUUCUCCAUACCUGUGUCAGGGAUGUACACGUGUUGCCAGCACAGAGAAGCCUACUUGUGGUUGCAGAUGGCAGCUGCUGUGUCCUUGCUGUAUGGCCGUCCUGACAAGAAAUGUAGCUGUAUGCUCUGAGGGCACCAUUGCUGCUGAAUCCAGAACCUCCUUGGCAUACAAGCCCAUUCCAGCUGCAGGGCUGCCCCUGCAGGGAGAUCAGCUCCAAGAGUGCUGGUACUCAGGUGGACUGUGUCAGCAGCAGCAGGAAACCUUUGCCAGAACCUGAACCACCCUAUCACAGGGAUGACUAACUUUCUGUAAGACGAAAUGAGUGGCAGUAGGUCGUGCUCCCCUGGCACAGUAGAGACGAGACAGAAAGUGCUGUUGCAAGGCUUGGCAUACAAGUAUUUCCAUCUGCUGCGUCACCCACGGUGCUUGGCCCUGAGCCGAGGUCUGAUUCCACAGUAAGCAUCCCAGGACGAUGGGCUGUACUUGCCUAGGACACUUCCGUUUCUAUGCUAGUGUUUUCUAGUAGCUGACACAAAGAAAAUGCUGCUUAGAAACUUGCUCCUAGAACUAAAAUGGAGCUUCUAGGGAAACGGUUUAUUUUGCAUUUAAUUUAUAUAUUUAUUUUUUGAUCUUAAGCUGCUUUUUGUUUGGAUUUACUAUUUUAAUUUAUACAUGUUAACUUGACACUAUGUGCUCUUGGUGUCAGCUCAGAGGUUUCUCAAUACAAAUACUUAGAUGCUGCAAUUUAAAGAACAACAACAAAAAGACCACAGAGAAUUGGGCGGAGUAUUUGCUGGCAACAAAAAGGAUCUCUGCUUGCAGCCUACCAGGCUGUGUCUAAAACCCAGCAGCUGCAGGACAAAGCCCAAGGCAAGCAGCCUCUCCCCUGGGGCAGUCAGCCCUUUUAACACGCUCCCUGGUAGGAGUGUGUGAGCUUACUUGGGGACUUCUGAAAUCCCUGCACUGUAUUCACGUUAACCAUGGAAUCGCAGUGUGUCUGCCAGAACAAAUGUCAUUUUCUGCAACCCAGUGGGAUUAUUUUCUAUGAAUGUCAGGUACAGCAAGCAAUUGCAGGCAGUAACAGACCUGCUUUUGCUUCUCCCAGACUGUGCUCUGGGGUUUUGCCUUCAGUGCUUUGGGGAGAUCCUGGUUCACUUGUCAAUGGGACUGGAUGGCAGCCUGCUGCAGGAAUAAAAUGCCAAACAGCCAGUGCCAGGUAGCCAGAGAAACAAACGUGACAUCUUCAUUGACUGGGUCCUUGGAUCCCUCAGCAUGGCUAGGCAUAAAAGCUAAUGCACUAACUUUAUAGAUAGACCCACAUAUGAAUGUUUCUCAAUUUUAAACUUGAAGCAAUUCUGACUAAGAAGCAGUAACAGUGAGGCUUUGCAAGGUGCCUGCAUCCUCCCAGCAGGAGUGCAGCUGUUGGCACGUGUUUCAGUGCAAGCACUCACCCUCUGCACGCUGUGCUCCUGCACUCUGCAGCUGUGCUGCUCGGACUGCUCAAUCUUUCCCCAGUUCACUUCCGUGUCCUCGAGACGCCACAGUUUUUUUCAGACUUGUGGCAGUCUCUUCUGCCUUCAGUUCCUCUCCCUCCCUCGCGAUCUUCUGAAACUACGGGGAAAAAGAAUUGUAUAAAUUCCAAUUUGUAAAGCGUCAGACUCUGCUCAGCUUGCAGGAGCCAGCAGAACCCACCCAGAGCCAGAGGUAAUACAACACUAUAGAGAGAAACAGUUAAACUCUGCUUUUGCUUGUUUCUGCAUGUGGGCAACAACAUGUAAUCUUCCUGUAUGUAAUAGGUACAAAAUACUAUUUUAAACCUAUAAUUUAAAAAAAAGUGAACGUCUUAACUGUAUUGAAAUGGCAACUUGUGCUCCCAGCUUCUAUGCUAAAUGUUUUAAAAACAGAGCCCUGAUUCUUUUCUUCAGCAUCAUAUUUCUAUUUGAAUUUAGUUCCUCAACCUCUGUCCUUUUGCCCAUUUCCAUGUGAAACACUCUGUAACUAACUACUGUCAAGAGAGGAGCCCAACACAUUAAUAAUAAAGCCACAUUAAUUGCAAACAAGAA